AUGUCUAAGCGUGGGAAAAAGAAUGAAUCUGGUUCCUCUGAGAAAAGUGUAAAAGAAACUAAGCCCAAAAAGUCUCCAAAGAAGAAGUCUGCUAUAGUUGAAGACCCUAUUAUUCAAGAAGUUUCUAUUGCUGAGGUCACACCUGUUGAGCCUACCAUUGUUGAAGAGACUCAAAAGGAAGAAAUAAUUCCUUUGAAGACUGGGGUUUUUCGUAGACUUAAAAUGAAGUCUCAUUAUUUAUGUAAAUCUUCACCUAAUGUUGUUUGCAAGCCUCAAGUGACACAUCAAGGUGUGUUAAUUCGCGAAGUUCCAACGCCUGUUUCUCUGUCUUUGAAGAAACGCAAGGCUGAAGAUAUGGCCAAACACUUGUCUAAAAAGAAGAAGAAGAAGUCACGAAAUCUUGUGAUUACAAAUGAGUCUACUGAAGAAGAUGAACGAAUUCCUGAAACUCCAAAUCUUGAUCUCAUUAAAGAACUUUCAACUCCUGAACAAACAAGUAUUAUUCCACCUGAAGUUUCGAAUGUCAAGUCAUCUAAUGAGGCGACACGAACUUUGGACAUCACUGUACACGUAUCUAAUAUGGAUACAAAUGUCAAUAUGGGUGAAGAAGAUCCGAAGGAUGAUAUUCAAGGUAAUCCUAUUUCCACUACUUUUGAAACUUUUGUCUCUCUACCUCCUCAAAUUAGUACUGUUACUUCUACCACUGAUUCACCAACAUUCGAACACAUCAUAAAUCAACCUUUCACUUCCAUAUUUUCUUCACAAUCAACUGAUCCACCCAAAUCCAUUUCACCUAUUGAUGAAACCAUUCUCAUGGAAACUGAUACGGAUAACAAAGGUUUUGGAGGAACCUUUGAGACUUUAGCAUUUGAUGAUAAUGAAGCAGAUUUUCUGGAUCAUAUGCUGAUGACUAUGAAAUAA